GCUGAUUCGUGGAUUGUCGAUUUUGGACUCCUACAGGGACGCCGUUACUACUGUGACUACUGUGAGACGAGCUUUCCAGACAGUCUGGUGAAUAGGAGGAAUCACCUGAAGGGCGCGAGACAUGUUCAGGUGAGAUUGGAACACUUGAAUCCUUUCAGGGAUCCAGUGGAGGUGUUGGCUGCGGAGCGAAGUAAACAGCGUUGUGUAUCGUUCAUUCGAACAGGAGUGUGUCAGUACGGCGCUGCUUGUCGUUUUUCGCACUUGACUCAAGAGGAUGUGAGCGUGCUAGUGGCUGCGUCGGCCCCUGUUGAGGAGCCUUUGCAGGCUCUUGUGGAAUUGGAAGAAGCGGUUAGAUGGAGGCGAGAUGCACUGGGAAAGAAGUGGCUUGUUAACGCUUUUCGUCGUGAAGAUCUGCCACCGUCGAUUAGGCGAUGUCUUGAAGACGGGGAAGGAUGA